AUGUUGUUUCUCUGUGUUCUCUUAUUUAUUUCAGCAUACUCACAAAAUACUUACCUGUACGUAGCACAAGACGUUGAUUGCCACCAAUACCCACGUAACAGGAAAUACAAAAUGGAUACAUGCAUUAAGACUGGUACUGGUUCGACAAUAUGGACAACAAAUGAUUGGACUUAUUUCCAGAACAAAUCGUACACAACCCCAGAUUGUUCUGGAGAACCAUUGGAAUACUAUGCUCCUUCGUCGAGUGAUUGGUUCAACGUUGAUUUGAAAAACAAUCCAUUAGCUUUUGUUUCGGACAAGAAUAAAGGGUGUGAAGAUGGAGAAACGAUUGAUGGUGUUUAUUAUAACGACGAGUGCUUUUUGAUAUCAGGAUGGUAUAAAUAUUUUAUUGUCAAAGAAAAUGGAAAAAGUUAUCUCAAAAAGGGUUUUAUGAUGAAUGACUGUAAUGGUUCUCCACGUGAAUAUACAGAAAGUUAUAUUUGCAAUAAAUGCACAUAUGGAGUAUUGGUUAAGUGUUAUAAUGUUGAUGGAGAUAUCGAUCGCACUGAAGCGUAUGCAGAGGGAGAAAUACCAAGUCCAGGAUUCGAACCAAACCCAGACAAAGA